AUGGCGAGCAGUCUCAAAACAGCUGAACAAACAGAUGAAGCUUCAAAAGAACGAUUUGAUUAUCAACGUCUCAAUAUUCAAAGAACGCAAAAUGUUCUUCUUAUUUGGUUAGAUAGUAGCAUUGAUGAGGCUAAUGAAGAUUGUCAGAACACUAUCGCCGAACUGCAACAUGUUAUGAAUGCUGUUAGUAUAUACACUGAUAGUGAUCAAUGCAUUGAAUUCCUCAAAACUAUCAAAGAUCAUAAGGUGUGCAUGAUAAUUUCAGGAUAUCUUGGUGAACAAAUUGCACCUCGUCUACAUGAUAUAUCUGAAGUAGACUCUAUUUUUAUUUUUUGUGGUAACAAAAAACAACAUGAACAAUGGGCUAAACAGUGGUCUAAAAUCAAAGGGGUUUUCACUGAAAUCAAACCUUUGUGUGAAGCUCUCAAACAAGCAGCUCAAGAAUGUGAACAAAAUGCUAUAUCGAUGAGUUUUGUGCCAUCUGACAAAAAAUUGGAUCAACUAGACUCAUCUUUUAUGUAUACACAAAUCUUAAAAGAGAUCUUAUCUACCAUCAAAUUCGACGACAAUCAUAUUCAAGAUUAUUUGAACUGUUGUCGCGAAAUUUUUGUUAAUAAUAAAGUGGAGCUGAACAAUAUUAAACAACUCGAAGGGGAAUAUCAUGAUAAAACACCAAUAUGGUGGUACACCUGCGAGACCUUCUUGUAUCCCAUGCUCAAUCGUGGAAUACGCAUGAUGGAUGGUAAUAUAAUGACAAGAAUGGGCUUCUUCAUUAAUGAUUUACAUAAACAGAUCAAAAAAUUACACAAAGAACAACAAAUUACUGAAAUCUUUACAGUUUACCGUGGGCAAGCUCUAUCGCAGGCACAUUUUGAACAACUAAAGCAAGCAAAGGGUGGAUUAAUGUCAUUUAACAGUUUCUUAUCUACCAGCAAAAUUCGAAAAGUUUCACUUAGUUUUGCUCAAUGCGCUGCAAGCAAUCGAGAUUUAGUUGGAAUUCUUUUCGUGAUGACAAUUGAUCCGAAUCAAUCAACAACACCAUUUGCUUUAAUUAGUGACAUUAGUGCUAUUUCAGUUGAAGAUGAAGUGUUGUUUUCUAUGCACAGUGUGUUUCGAAUUCACGAUAUUAAACCAAUGGAUGGAAAUAGCAAACUCCUUGAAGUGAGUUUGACUCUUACUAGCGAUAAGGACGAACAAUUAAAUGCACUUACUGAGCGCAUACGAGAAGAGAGUUUUCCAGACGAAGAGGGCUGGGCAAGAUUAGGUUUCGCAUUAGAGAACAUGGGUCAAUUUGUCAAAGCUGAAGAGAUUUAUAAAAUGUUACUUGAUCAAAAAAUGGAGGAGAGUGAAAAAGCAGCACUUUAUCAUCGACUUGGCUGGAUCAAAAAUAAACAAGCAGAAUAUCAAGAGGCAAUUAAAUACUAUGAAAAAUCGCUAGCUAUUAAAGAGAAAACUCUUCCUCCUAAUCAUUUUCAAUUCGCUGUAUCAUACAACGACAUGGGUGUAGUGUAUUUCAACGUGCGUAACUAUUCAAAAGCACUCUCAUCUCAUGAAAAAGCGCUUGCAAUUCGACAACAAUCACUUCCUUCAGAUCAUCUUGAUUUGGCUAUGUCGUACAACAACAUCGGUUUGGUACAUGCCAACACAAAUAGCUAUUCAAAAGCACUUUCAUAUUAUGAAAAAUCGCUAGCUAUUAAAGAGAAAACUCUUCCUCCAAAUCAUCCUCAUUUGGCUACAUCUUACAACAACAUUGGUUCGGUGUAUUACAAUACGCGUAAUUAUUCAAAAGCACUUCCAUACUACGAAAAGGCUCUUGCAAUCACACAACAAUCACUUCCUUCAAAUCACCCUGAUUUGGUUUUAUCUUAUAACAACAUCGGUUUACUAUAUGAAAACAUGAAAAAUUACUCAGAAGCCCAUUCAUUUUUUGAACGAGCUGUACAAACUGCGCAACAAUCACUACCUUCAAAUCAUCCUUGGUCUCACCAAAUGAGAAGCAAUCUUCACCGUGUAAACAAUCUUCGACGUGUAAAAAGGAGAUAA